UCAUGGGGUGAUCUUCGGUGGCGAAGCGUGGCGCUGUUGCCUUUCUUUUGAAAUCAUUUUGGUCAGGCACAAUUUCGUCUGUCUGCCAUUCAAGACAAAAAAAAAACUUAACGUUGCUCCUUCACACGCAACACUGAAAAAAGUUACCUACCUUUACAAAGCAAACACCAACGACUUGGACUGUUUUUAUUUCCUGCACCACAAUCCAUUCAUAUUUACCGAACAGGAUGGCUGACAAUCUGCUGGAUGCUGGACCCCCCACUGCAAAGCGACCCAAGCUCAAUUCACCUCUCUCAGGAUCAGAUGGUCCAGAUUUUGUGUCUCUGUUUGACCUGGAAAACGACCUUCCUGAUGAGCUUAUCCCUAAUGGAGAUAUGGGAAUGGGACUGUCUGGCAGUAGUGGUCCAGCUGCAGGAGUGCCUGGCCUUCACUCAGUUGGUGCUGAUGCUGUUGCCAAACACAAACAACUGUCUGAGCUCCUACAGCCAGGAAGUUCAUCUCUUUUGGGAGGUGGUCUCAACUCUACCAACCCCCAACAGGGGGGCAUGGUGGGAACCCAGCUCGGUGCUGUACUAGGUAAAGGACCUCUUGGCCAGUGCUCCCCCAAUCGCCAGUCUCCCCAGGGCCAGAAAGGAGGUUCAACCACUGGACAAGGGAAUGGAGGCAUGGGAAUGGGCUUUAACCAGGCAAUGUUGAACAGUGGGCAGGGCCAUGGUGUUAUGGGCCAGGCAGGACAGGUCAUGAAUGGAGCUAUGGGACCAGCAGGACGAGGGAGACCUGGUCCUGGUAUGCAAUACCAGGGUCAAAGCAUGCAAGGGCCUCAAGUAGGUGCUGGAGUUGGAGGCAGUGUGCUGGCAGAGACUCUUACCCAAGGAGGGCCAUCGAUGGGUGGACAGCAUGCUUUGAAUGCCCAGCAAGCUGGAAACAUGAACAAGAUGACAAUGUCAGGAGCUCCAUUUGGCCAGCAGUACAGUCAGGCAGGUGUGCAGCAGAUGGGAACAGCAGGAAUUAACGCCCAACAACUUCAGAACAAGACACCUCUUUCCAACAACUUGCCUCCGUUCCCUACAGAGCUAAAAGGAGCUGGGAAUGUGCCAAAUAUAUCCCAGAUGCAGCAGCAGGUAGCGUCAAUGGGCAUGGCCCCUGGAGUCGGUGGUGUGUCAGGAGGACCAACAGCCGACCCUGAAAAGCGAAAACUCAUUCAGCAGCAGCUGGUCCUGCUGCUCCACGCACAUAAAUGCCAGCGGCGAGAACAGGCAAAUGGAGAGAUGAGGGCCUGUACUCUGCCUCACUGCCGCACCAUGAAGAACGUACUCAAUCACAUGACCCACUGCCAGGCCGGCAAGUCCUGCCAGGUGGCUCACUGUGCAUCAUCCAGACAGAUCAUCUCCCACUGGAAGAACUGCACGCGACACGACUGUCCUGUUUGCUUGCCGCUGAAGAAUGCGAGCGACAAGAGAAAUCAGCAACCUAUGUUGAGUUCACCUGGUGCCGGCCUGCAGAACGUCAUCAAUUCAGUUGGACCUGGCCAGCAAAGUGCCACAACCAUCAACAGUGCUACCACACACAUUGACCCCAGCUCCAUGCAGAGGGCCUAUGCAGCCUUGGGCCUCCCAUAUGGGAAUCAGUCCCCUGUUCAGGUCCAGGGUCAGGGUCCGGCUCAGCAAACUCCCCAGGGGCACCAACAGCUGCGAAACAUGAAUCCACUAGGCACUAAUCAGAUGAACCAGAUGAGAGGAGGAAUGGGUACCCCUUCUUCAGACCAGACUGGGUGUCACUCUGACUCUUCUCUGCCCUCCACGCUUAACAAUCAGCUAAUGCCAGAUGGGUCAGUAGUAGGAGGAAUUGGAAACCUGCCCACUGCUACUCCUCUUUCUGCUUCUGGUGUAAGGAAGGCGUGGCAUGAACAUGUCACUCAAGACCUACGCACUCACUUGGUGCAUAAACUAGUACAAGCCAUAUUCCCCACCCCAGACCCCGCAGCACUGAAGGACAGGCGAAUGGAGAACCUGGUGGCAUACGCACGCAAAGUUGAGGGUGACAUGUACGAGUCAGCAAACAGCAGGGAUGAGUACUACCAUUUCCUGGCAGAAAAGAUUUACAAGAUCCAGAAAGAGCUAGAGGAGAAGAGGCGCUCUCGGCAGGAGAAACAGCCUGGCAUAGUGGGCCCAGGUGGACCUCAGCAGCCUGUAAUGACUCAGCCAAACAUCAUGGGUCCAGGACAAGCUGUUAGACCUCAAAAUGGACCUGCAUCAAUGCCCAACAUACCAAAUCAGAUAAUGAACCGUAUGCAGGUGGACCAAGGAAUCAACCAGUUUAACCCAGUAGCAAUGCAGAAUGCGCAGAUGCCUCAGGCACCCAUGGGAGCGAGGGCUCCUUCCCCGAUGAACCAUCCACAGCAGAUGAGCAUGAACUCUGUUCCAUCGAUGGGCAUGUCUCCAUCAAGGAUGUCUCAAACUCAAGGAAUGAUGGGUACUCAUGCUAAUAAUAUGGUGUCUCAACCAGCCAACCAAGGCCAAUUUCUGCCACAAGGCCAGUUUCCUGGUGCUGCAGGUGGAACAAUGAAUGUGAAUAUGGGCUUGGGACACAAUAUGUCACAGGCUGCUGUUGCACAGCAAACGCAAAACUCUAACCUCCCUCUGAAUGCACUGGGCUCCCAGCUGCCCUCUGGUCCUCCAGCCCCACCCUCACUGGGCAGAACUCCCUCACCUAAUGUUAGCCAGCAGCAGCAUGUUCACACGCAGGCCCAAGUGCCACCUCAACCCUCUACUCCCAGCUCCACAGUCGGACCCUCCUCCACACCAACUCACAUUCCUAGUGGUAUCCCUCGUCCCCCUGCAGCUAUGAGCACCCCGCCUGACCCCUCCCAGCCUAUGACCCCCCUGCAGCCCCAGUCUGAACCCUCCAGCCAGAUGCAGCAGCCCACCUCAGUGCAGGCACAGCAUCCUGCCACACCGUUGUCACAGGCAGCAGCAGGUAUAGAUAACAGAGUACCUACACCAGGAUCUGUGGCUGAGCUAAGCUCCCAGCAGGCCUUACCUGACAUGAGUGGCACUGAAGUUAAAUCUGAAGUAAAACAUGAAGAUGAUGAUGAUAGCAACUCUGGAAAGAAGCAAAAUGAUAUAAAAAUGGAGCAGGACGAUGAAGCUAAGCCUCCACUGGUAAAAAAGGAGGAACCAGAUGCAACAGAACCAAAGCAGGAACAAAUGGAAACUGAGGAGAAAAAGCCAGAGGCAAAGGCAGAACCAAAAGAGGAGGACGAUAGCGGGGCUAACGGCGCAUCAGCUACUUCCACAGCUCAAAACCGGAGAAAAAUUUUUAAGCCAGAGGAGCUGAGACAAGCCUUAAUGCCAACACUCGAGGCCCUUUACAGACAAGACCCAGAGUCCCUGCCCUUCAGACAACCUGUAGACCCCAUGCUGCUCGGGAUCCCUGAUUACUUUGACAUAGUGAAAAACCCCAUCGACUUAUCCACCAUCAAGCGCAAGCUGGAUACGGGACAGUACCAGGAGCCAUGGCAGUAUGUAGAUGAUGUGUGGCUCAUGUUCAACAAUGCCUGGCUGUAUAACCGCAAAACAUCCCGCGUCUACAAGUACUGCACAAAGUUGGCUGAGGUGUUUGAAGCAGAAAUCGAUCCUGUCAUGCAAAGUCUUGGCUACUGCUGCGGUAGGAAGUACGAGUUCUCGCCUCAAACGUUGUGCUGCUAUGGCAAACAGUUGUGCACGAUCUCCAGAGACAGCACCUACUACAGCUACCAGAACAGGUAUCACUACUGUGAGAAGUGCUUCAACGAGAUCCAGGGAAACAGCGUGUCCCUGGGGGAUGACCCGUCACAAUCGUCAACCUUGAUCUCAAAAGAUCAGUUUGAAAAGAAGAAAAAUGACAUGCUGGACUCUGAACCGUUUAUUGAAUGUAAAGAUUGUGGACGAAAAAUGCAUCAAAUUUGUGUGCUGCACUAUGAUGUCAUUUGGCCAUCAGGCUUUAUCUGUGACAACUGUCUAAAAAAGUCAGGUAAAUCAAGAAAAGAAAACAAGUUCUCAGCUAGAAGAUUGCAGUCUACAAGGUUGGGGAUGUACAUUGAGGACAGAGUAAACAAGUACUUGAAAAGGCAGAACCACCCAGAAGCUGGUGAAGUAUUUGUGCGAGUGGUUGCUAGCUCUGACAAAACUGUGGAUGUGAAGCCUGGCAUGAAGUCUAGGUUUGUAGAUACAGGCGAGAUGGUAGAGAGCUUCCCUUACAGAACCAAAGCACUUUUUGCAUUUGAGGAAAUUGACGGGGUGGAUGUUUGUUUCUUUGGAAUGCACGUACAAGAGUAUGGCUCAGAGUGUCCCUUUCCAAACACCAGACGGGUUUACAUAUCAUACCUUGACAGUAUUCACUUCUUCAAGCCACGUAUCCUAAGAACUGCAGUGUACCAUGAGAUUUUGAUAGGCUACUUGGAGUAUGUGAAAAAGCUUGGGUAUGUGAUGGGUCAAAUCUGGGCAUGCCCGCCUAGUGAAGGUGAUGACUAUAUUUUCCACUGCCACCCUCCUGAUCAAAAGAUCCCCAAACCCAAGAGGCUUGUAGAAUGGUACAGAAAAAUGCUGGACAAGGCUUUUGCUGAGAGGAUCUUACAUGAUUACAAGGACAUUUUCAAGCAGGCAACAGAGGACAGGGUGACCAGUGCCAAUGAGCUGCCGUACUUCGAGGGGGACUUUUGGCCUAAUGUACUUGAGGAGAGCAUCAAAGAGCUUGAGCAGGAGGAGGAGGAAAGGAAGAAGGAAGAGAACACUGCUUCUUCUGAAACAACAGAGGGAGCCCAGGCUGACAGCAAGAAUGCAAAAAAGAAGAAUAAUAAGAAAACCAACAAAAACAAGAGCAGUGUCAGCCGAGCAAAUAAGAAAAAGCCUGGAAUGCCAAAUGUCGCCAAUGAUCUGUCACAGAAACUCUACGCCACGAUGGAGAAACAUAAGGAGGUUUUUUUUGUUAUCCACCUCCAUGCUGGGCCUGUCAUUAACACCUUACCACCUAUCAUGGACCCUGACCCUCUGCUAACAUGUGACCUCAUGGAUGGACGUGAUGCCUUUUUGACUUUGGCCAGGGACAAGCACUGGGAGUUCAGUUCAAUUAGAAGAUGCAAGUGGAGCACGAUGUGCAUGUUGGUGGAGCUGCACAAUCAGGGCCAGGACCGUUUUGUGUAUACUUGCAACGAAUGCAAACAUCAUGUGGAGACUCGCUGGCACUGCACUGUUUGCGAGGACUACGAUCUGUGCAUUAACUGCUACAACACUAAGGGCCAUGAGCACCAGAUGGUGAAGUGGGGCCUGGGUAUAGACGAUGACAGCCACGGUCAAGGUGGCGAGGCCUCCAAGAGCCCUCAGGAGAGUCGACGUCUUAGCAUCCAGCGCUGCAUUCAGUCCCUUGUCCAUGCCUGCCAAUGUCGCAAUGCCAACUGUGCACUUCCUUCAUGCCAGAAGAUGAAGAGGGUGGUUCAGCACACCAAAGGCUGUAAGCGCAAGACCAAUGGUGGCUGUCCUGUGUGCAAGCAGCUCAUUGCUUUAUGUUGCUAUCAUGCCAAGCAUUGUCAGGAAAACAAGUGUCCUGUUCCCUUCUGUCUCAACAUCAAGCACAAACUUCGUCAGCAGCAGUUGCAACACAGGCUGCAGCAGGCUCAGAUGAUGCGCCGCAGAAUGGCUACCAUGGCUGGAAGAGGUAUGCCAAUGCCUUCUCCGCCUACCUCAUCUGCCCCUGAUACUCCAAAUUCUGUACAGCAGCCUAAUACACCACAAACACCACAGCCGAUGCCCAACCAGCCCCAACAACAGCAGCCACCAAACCCUCCUACUAUUGCUCAAGGAUUCCCGAGCAACGGCCGUAGCAGUCAGCCCACAACACCAGUGCCACAAGGCAAGCCGGGGCCUCAGUCAUCCCCUCUUCAUCAGCAGCUGUCACCUAUGCCUAACAUGCCACACCAACAGCAGCCUCAGCCUCCUCAGCAGCAGCCACAACAACAGCAGCAGCAGCAGCAGCAGCAGCAGCUGUUGGCAGCACUGCAGGUGGCACAACAGAUUGAGAGGGCUGCCAAGGCAAAACAGCAGCAACCGAAUUAUGUCAAUAAUGGGAUGCCCAUGAACCCAGUGCGCAUGAUGGGCCCCAUGCAAAACCAAAUGCAGAUGGUGCAGGGACCACGGGGCCCCCAAGUGAUGCAGGCUGUGCAGCAAAACCAGUGGGGCGCAGGCAUGCAGAAUCCCCAAGGCCAUCAGCCACAGGUCCCUCUUCAGCAAGGCCCCAUGGUUUCUCAGCAGGCUCAGGUUACCCCAAUGUCUCAGCAGGGCCAACUUAUGCAGAGGCCUAUGAUGCCCCAGCAGCAUGGCCUGCAAAUGUCUGGUGUCAUGCCUCCCCAGGGCCCCUCGCAACAGAGCAUGACUCCACAACAACAAAACAUGCCUCAGAGAAUGUCUGGUAACAUUACUCCAAGUGCCCUGCAGGAAUUAUUGCGCACCCUCAAAUCUCCAAGCUCCCCACAGCAACAGCAUCAGGUCCUUACCAUCCUCAAGUCUAACCCCCACCUCAUGGCUGCUUUUAUUAAACAGAGGACAGCCAAAUACCAGACCAGCCAUGUACCACAACAACAGCAGCAGGCACAGCAGCAGAACCCACAAGCCAUGAUGGGCUCUCAGCCUGGAAUGCAGGCCAUGUCAGUCAUGGCAAACCAAGUGCAGAGGCCAGUGAUGGCUCCUCAACAGCAGCCUCCACAGCCAGUGGGGCCUCAGGGUAUGACGCCCAUGGGUCCUCAGGGCCAGAUGAUGAACCCUGCUCAAAAUGGCAGUCCACAGCAGUACCACAGACAGCAGCAGCUGCUUAGGAUGCAGCAGAUGCAACAAAUGCAGCAACAGGGAGGCUUGUCUCAGGGCCAUGGUCAGUUUCCUCCACAGCAGCCAGGACCACCUAACUUCUCCCAACUUCGUGCACAGUCGCAAAUGGCUAUGCAAGGAGGUGGGGGACCCAUGGGACAGCUUCCCCCAACAUCCCAAAUGAGCCAAUCUGGCAUGAGCUUGGAGCUCCAGAACCAUGUCAAACAGCGCAUCCUUCAGCAACAGCAGCAGAUGAUGAAGCAACAAAUGGGCUCUGCAGCGCAAGCUAACUCGAUGAGUCCACAACCUCAUUUGCUUCAAGGCCAAGGACAGGGGGGACCUCACUUACCAGGCCAGACAAUGGCAAAUUCUCUGGUGCGCUCCCCUGCCCCAGUGCAGUCGCCUCGUCCACCUUCACAGCAGGCUCCUCAUUCCAGUUCCUCCCCACGGAUACAACCCCAGCCAUCACCUCAGCAUAGUGCUCUUCACUCUAGCUCUCCUCACCCCAUCCUUGGUCCGAUGUCAGGCUCAAUGGAGCAAGGACAUAUGGGAACUCCAGAGCAGAGCGCCAUGCUCCCACAACUUAACACACCAAACCGAGGAGGGUUAAAUAAUGACAUGAGUAUGGUGGGUGACGCAACAGGAGACACGCUAGAGAAAUUUGUUGAAGGAUUGUAGCAUUUAGAGACAAAAGAAAGGCCUUGUUGUUUUCAGUUGACAUUUUUUUAUAUUUACCGAUGUGAAAAUCUAAAAAAAUACAAAUGAGUCUUACGAGGCCUGUGAACUGUGAACUUUACACGGACUACUUUUGCCUACAACACAGAGUGAUUUAUUAGUUGCUGUUGGGGAAAAAACUACAAAGAAUAUAUUUUUGGUUCAGACCAGCCUUGCAAGAAACCCUGGUCUUUGCGUUGUAUUUUGUUUUUCAUUUAUGAUCUACUAUUAACUUUUUAAGAAAAUACUUCUCAAAGUAAAAAAAAAAAAAAAUCUUUUUUUUUUCUACCUUUGCAAAUCAAUAUUGUAUUUGUGUUGAGAAGUCUGUAAAAUUAUUUGUCUGUGAAUUUUUUUUGCCAGGAUUUACUUCUUGCCGAGUUUCCAUACUCCCGGCUAAUUUAUUCUAAUAUGCCAUUUUUCAAAAGAACUGCCUUUAGGAAAGCCUUAAAAUCUUUCCUGUUUGCAGUCUAAAGGAUUAAUGUAUUUGUAUAGAUCUAGUAUACCUAUUGCGAACACACACACACACACACAAACAUGCUGGCAAAAGAAAAGCCUGCAUUGAAACAAACAUUAAUGGUUACAGGUGCCAGAAUGUUCUUUUUACUGGCCUAGUCUCUGCGUUUGUUUUGCAGAUUUUCUAAAGUUGCUUUGUCUCAUGUUUAUUCUAAUGAAAUUGUCAUUAAGUACUGAACUUGUUUUGCCUGUGGUGGGAAAUUUAAUUGUUUGACUGCUGAUUUGUGUUCAGAGAGUUUUGUGCAUCAUUUUCUCUCGCAUUAGACUUGAAUUGAUGAGGAACUAUUCUCCAAUGUAAAUCAUGCAGCUAGACAGUACUGUAAAUAUGCAGAAAAUAAGAAUGAAUUCAUUGUAUAAACUGGUUCAAAUGGCUCAUUUCGUACUUAUAUACCAUAUUGUUAAAUA